AUGAAGAGCAAGCGCGCAAGAGAGGCCGCCGAGGUCGAUGAUAAGCCCAUUGCUUCUGUUGAUUCUGAGGCCCCAGCCAAGAAGCGCAAGCGCAGCGAGGAUGAUGCUGCGGAUCUGAAGAAGGCUAAGAAGGAGAAGAGAGACAAGAAGUACAAGAAGGAAUCGCGCAAGGAGCGCAAAGACAAGCGCAAGAACCUCCAGGACCUCCCCGAGCAGGAUGAUGACGAAGAGGCGGCCGAGGACGCCCCAAUGGCUGAAGCUGAUGACAAGCCUGUGGAUGCGCCAGUAGAGGCAGAUAAGCCUGCGAAGAAGGACAAGAAGAAGAAGGACAAGAAGCUUAAAACCGACGAGUCACAACCAAAGGACGACGCCAACACCGAUUCCCAACCCAAGGAUGAAUCCAAGGAGGAGUCAAAGAAGAGCAAGAAGGACAAGAAGAAGCAAAACAAGGCCUCCGAAACAACGACCACCAACGACGAGUCUGCUGCCGGCGCUGAUGCAGAGGCUGCUGAUGGCAAAGGUGACCGUCACAUUGUCUUCGUCGGCAACCUGCCCUUCACCGCCACUGCCGAAACAAUCAAAGCCCACUUUGCCUCUCUCAACCCAGUGUCUGUUCGCUGCAUGAGUGAUCCCAAGGAUAGCAAGCCCUGCCGUGGUUUUGCCUUUGUCGAGUUCGAGAAGGUCUGGCAUAUGCGAACAUGUCUCGACAAGUUCCACCACUCCGAGUUCUCAGAUGGUGUUUCUUAUCCACGCCGCAUAAAUGUCGAGUUGACUGCUGGUGGAGGUGGCAAGACAAAGCAGCGCCAGGACAAGAUCAAGGAGAAGAACCGCAAGCUCGACGAGAACCGCGCCAAGCGCAUUGAACGUGAGAGGAUGGCAAAGGAAGAGAACAAGGGUAAGGGUGACACUCGCAAAGCUGGAGAGGAUGGUAUUCAUCCAAGUCGACGCGCCCACAUUCCUGGCAACCGCUGGUAG